GGUUUCAGUUUGUGUCCUCGCGUAACGAGUGUAUCCGGUCAGCGGUACGACUGAAAGAAAAUUGUGACAAGCAGAAAGAUGAUAUUAUUUCAUUCAUUCGAGCGGGAAUUCGUAGUUUUCACCUGCGAGACUCAUUGCCGACCAUCUGACGUAUAAAUGAUGCGUUAGGUAUGGCGCAACGACAAUACAAUAGCUAUUGUCUCUCAUCCAAUCAGACUUUCUCAUUUCGCUACCUCCUCCAAGCACACCUCCAGCAGUUCAGAGUUGAGCGAAGCCACACACAACAGGCGGUUUUCGCCUUGUUUUAUCGCUGAUAAAUGACCAAAAGAAUUUGACAAACAGCAAAAUGCGUCCAGCAUAAGAACCUCCACAACAACGCACCAGUCACGCAUGGAAAUUGGAAGUAACUUCAGGAACCUGGCCGAGGACUCUGGAAAAGUCCGGAGUCAUGUAAAGGAAUUCUCUCUUGGUGAAGUAGCCAGUCACUGCACGCCUGACUCUUGCUGGGUUGUGUAUGAAGACAGUGUGUAUGAUGUCACGGAUUUUGUGAGAGAGCAUCCAGCGGGGAGUGAGAUUCUUCUUGAGCAUGCAGGGUAUGAUAUCACAGAUGUGUUCCAAGACACAGGGCAUUCACAAGGUGCACUCAAUAUUAUGACCUCCUACUACAUAGGGGAGCUCAGCCAGACUGAGAGGACUUAUAAGAUACCAUCUAAGCUUAAGAAUUGACCAAGCAAAGGCACUGUUCCAGUAACUGCACUGUAGUUCUUACAAGCUUAUGUAGAUGCAUAAUCAGCAUUUCUCUUCCACGCUACCAUUUUGAAGAGUUUUCCCAGCAACACUCCUGUAGCUGUGCUUAUUAACUGUUCAAGAGAUCGUGAGCGUGCGUCGACAAUAUACAAGAGGGUGUUUUUGAGUUUUUUUUGCUAGUGUAAGUGUGGAUAGUUGUUUGCAGGGUGUGUGCUGAGGCGGUAGACAGAGAAAUAAAAUACGAAAGAAAGUCAUGCUCACGUACAUGGGGUAUUUGGAACAUAAACAGAAAAAGGCUGCAAGAAAACGUAAGAAAAAUGCCCCAACUCAAAGCAUGCUAGAGCUUGCAUGCACAUCCGAUUUUUUCUCGCUUUUCGUUCUUCCAGUCCUCCCGUGGAGAAAAUUUGUGGGUUUGUCAAAUCAAAAAUUACUUUUACGAAAAAAAAAAAUAUACUGUGCACAGCACAAAAUGAGCAAUAAGGUUCUAAUAGCAAUGAUUCAGUAUUUGUCAGGGAACAUACUUGCAUACCUGUCAACCUCCGAAAAUCACAAGGCUUGAGAAUUUAUAGGGGGGAGGGGUGGGUAUACUCAUUUUUGUGGGGGAGGGGUGGGUUUAACCUUGCAGGCGUUUGACUUAUGGAAAGCUUUCAUGUACAAAUCCACUUAUGGAUCGCACGAGGGUUUUUUGCGCUACGCAAGUGAAUCAUCGUUUCAAAUAUUUUAAUAGAAAAAAGGCAAAAUGACGAUUUUCUAUAGAAUAAUUUUUCGGAAGCGAUAAAAAUCCCUAAAAAGCUGGAGAUUUGGUUCUCAACGCGGGAGAGCGGGAGGAGGGGUCCAAAAUCUUGAGACUCCCGCCUAAUGCGGGAGAGUUGACAGGUAUGUAUUUGUCUUGUUCUCCACCUUUUCCCGAUCAGAAGACGAAUAUAUAAAAUAAUGAAUAAAAAAAUAAAUAAAUCAAAA